AUGUUUAUAACAGGAGGACACACUGCCAGAAGACUUUGGAGACAAUCGGUUAGAAACUUCGGAGGUAAAGAAAGAGUCAUCGUUCAAAGACUAAAGUCAGUAACCACUAUUGAGAAGAUCACCAAAUCAAUGAAAAUGGUUGCCUCUUCCAAAAUGAAUCAAGAUAUUAAGAGACUCCGGGCUGGAGAGAACUAUGGAAGAAAUGCAGUUGACCAUAUUUUCAAAGCAGACCUCUACAUGCAAAGAAAGAUGCCAGCCGAGGUAGCUGAACCAAGAGAAUUGCUCAUCCCAAUUACCUCAGAUAAAGGACUCUGUGGAAGUAUCAACUCAGGACUCGCAAGAAUGCUCAGAGGCUAUAUUGGAUCCGAGACUAACAGGUUUGGAAUUUACUCAUUGGGAGAGAAAGGAUCAAAUGCUCUCAGAAGGCCAUUUGCUUCAAUCUAUAAGGGAGGAGCUACUGAUCUCACUUACCCAAUUAAUUACAGUCUUUCUCUUGCCUUGGCUGAUAAAAUUGGCAGAAUGGCUGAUGAUUACGAUAAAAUCGUCCUUGUUCACAACAAAUUUGUCAACGCUGUGACCUUCAAGAUUCAUAGAAUUGAGUUAAUGACUAAAAAGAGAUUUGCUGAAUGCAUGAAAUUCCAAAGAUUAUAUGAGAUGGAGAAGCCAGAUGCUACUACAGCUGUUCCAGCCAUCUACGAGCUCUAUAUCUCUUCUAACUUAUACUACGCUCAAUUACAGAACGCCGCUUGUGAGCAAUCUUCAAGAAUGGUUGCAAUGGACAAUGCUUCCAAGAAUGCAGGAGAAAUGGUUGAGAAACUGACCCUUGAGUUUAACAAAGCCAGACAGCAGUCCAUUACCAUGGAAUUGUGUGAAAUUAUUUCCGGAGCUGAAGCAUUGUAAUGUCCCAUUUGCCU